AUGUCGGCGAGAGCGGCUGUUCCUGAAAACGCCACUCCCAGGACGGCGACCACUACGUACCUGGAAGGCUUCGCAAACGUAGACACGCGAGACUUAAUCCAACAGAACGUCUACGUCAUCCUGGGUCACGGGCGGUACCAGCGGAUCGUCCUGGUCAGCACCUCCGUCGCCAUCACUGUGGUGCUGAUACACUCGUUCGCCUAUUACCUCAUUGGCCAUCCCGUAGACCACUGGUGCCAGCCGCCCGACCACCUGCGUCAACUCGGUGUCCAGGGCUGGAAGAACGUCGCAAUACCCGUGCUCGCUGACGGCAGCUUCAGCAAGUGCACCGUGUACGAGCCCCCUCUGCCGGGAGGCGACCAGGACGAGCGUAGAACAGUGCCGUGCAAACAGUGGGACUACGACACCGAGAAAGACGGCGAAAGUAUCGUCAGCAUGUGGAACUUGGUGUGCACCCGUAGCUGGCUCUACUCCGUUUCGAAAUCGACAUUCGGACUGGCCCCCAUGCUAUUCGUUCCGAUCGCCGGAAUCGCAGCAGACCGCGUGGGUCGCAAACCGGUCUUGUCGACGUCCGCCAUCUCGACAUUGCUCGGCAGCCUGGUGGCCGCGGCCUCCCCCUCCGUAGGAAUGUUCAUCCUGUCGCGCUUGGUCACUUCUGCCAUGGCCAGCGCAACCCUGCUGAUGACUCUAACUAUGCUCUACGAAGUGACCGGAAGUCAGCACCGGGCUCCGUAUAUCCUAACAGCCAGUGGCACCGCCAUGCUUGUGACAUCUCCGCUGCUGCAGCUUCUUUCGACGCUCAAGCCAAGGUGGGUGCUCUCACAAGCGCUCUUCGUCACUGUCACGGCGAUAAUGGUCUCUUGGUGCUAUUACCUUGACGAGUCCCCUGUUUGGCAGAUUGCCGCGUGGAGGUUACGGGCAGCCGAAUUCAACGUACUCCGAGCAGCCCGGAUGAACGGCAUAGAAGCUCACAAGGCCACAGCAACAUUUCAGGCGUUGAAACAGCAGCUCCUGAAGCGGGAUGCCAACACCACGUCGGUGACUGCUGGCGCUACGAGCAUACUCCAUUCGGCUUCACUUCGGCGGCGCGCAUUGUCUGCACUCGUGACGUGGUUUAGCGUGAGCUUUGCACUUUAUGCCUCAGGCUUGGGUGCCGCGCUCGAAGAACUCUGGGCUCUCGCAUCCUUUCUAUGCAAUGGGCUCAUUCUCAUCAUAGCCUUCUCUUGCAUGAAGAAACGAGGCCACCGCCUCACUCUGUCAGUCGUACUCGCUUUCCUCGGCGCCUCAAGCGUGCUGCAGAUGGUCCUCUCACAUUUCUCCUUGCGCGCCGCACUUCCUCUGCCGAGGAUAAUGAUGUCCAGUGCGUCGGCGAUUGCUAUGUGUUUGAACUACGCGUACACCGCCGAGGUGUACCCUACGACGAUUCGAAGCUUGGGGCUUUGCCUGUCGUACUCCUUCGGUCGGCUUGGCGUGCUUCUGGCUACAUACGUCGAAGUAUCCUUGCACGAUGAACAGCUCUUGGUCGAUGGGGCCAUCACGACAGCGCUGGCAUUUGCGAGUGCAAUAGCGGUCCAGUGUCUUCCCGAAGUAUAUGUCGAGAAGAAGCCCGCCGAAGUCAGCCCAGUUAUGAGCGAAGAUCAGCGCAAGGAAGCACUUAAAACAUCUUUGAGACCCACCAAGGAGUCGCAAAAGUCCCUAAAGCCAGCCAAACCGGGCAAGCAGCAUGGCCCACGCAAGAGGAAAGCGAGCUCAAAACGCGAUACCACGACCAAACUUUCAACGACAGCAUCGGUAGCGGCAGCCUUGUCCCAAGAGGAAAGUGUUGGCUCUCCUGAGCUAGCCUCACCGAUGCCGAUGUGCAAAACGCAAUCGCCAUAACUCCAGAGCAUCGAAUAUAUGCGGACUGGUGAAGGAACACGUAACUUUUUUUUUUCGCGUACUUCCUGGCCCUUUGCUAUCUUUAGCUAAGUUGA